AUUUGUGUCCAGCAAAUGUCAAGUUUCCAGAGAGAAAAUGACGCUGCUAAAUCUCUGUUCAAGAGGCUUGAGUCCGCAGUUACUCCCAUCGUGUCCGGGGAGUACAGUCACCACCGGGACAGAACGGCGAUGGCAUCCCGGGUUUCCUUCAACCAAAUCCGCCUGGAAGCGGAGCUGGAGCGGUGCCGUGCCGAGUGCCAGUGGGACAAGAUACCGACCAUCAUCGACCAGAUGCACGCUGCGCGAUUCCACGAGGACGAUGACUACGGAGUGCUGCUGAUGGCCGAGUCGCUGCUUGAGGAGUGCCUGCAGGAUAACAUGGACCUGUUACGGAGCUCCAUGCCUUUGAUGGACAAGACCCAACCCAAACUGUGCAGGGCUAAAAACCACCUCAACACCAUCCUCAGUCGAGGCCGACUCACACCCAGGUACUUGAAUGAGGCUCUGCUGCUGAUGGCUAAAGUGCACUAUGUGCAGGGCCGCUACCGGGACGCCCAGGGAAUGUGUGCCAGGGUGGGGCUGGAGGAGCUGACGAGGGAUGACCAGCCAACCUAUCACCUCCGCCUGCUGGCUGAGGCUUUUGUCAUUAAAGGCCUGUCCCUGGACCACCAGACGGUUUCUGCAUUGUCUCGUGUUCGUCUGUCAGAGAGGGAGGAGGAGAGUCUGUCCUGUUUCCUCAGGGCCUGUGAUGCUGCUCUGUCCUACCUGCAGGAGCUCGAUAAGAUAGUAACCACACCCCACACCAAGACAGCCAAAGCCAGUCUGCUUCCUCCACCUGUGGACAUGGACCUCGGCUACUUCCUACAGGCUGCAUUACAGAGUGCUUACCUUUGUUUGCUGCAGAGGGGUCAUCUUGCGCAGGGUGCUCACCAACUGCGUAGGGUGCUCAGGGUGGUGGAGUCACGAGGGUCUCAGAGCUUCAGGAAGUCUGCAGCGAGGAAGCUGGCAGAGGUGUUGCUGAGCUGUGUGAGUGAGGACAGCUACUGGCCCCCGCUGGGCCCCCCACCCUCAGCCUGGCUCCACAGAGAGGGGGCCGCUGCUUCCAAAGACGCCAUCUACCCCACUGUUAAACCGCCGCAUCGCUACAGCACUGACUGUUGCUUCUGUCCUCAGGACGUGGUGGAGGAGGCUGUGUUGCUUCUGCUCAUCACAGAGUCCAUGGCUAGCGGCGAGGCAGUGAUCAGCUGUCUGCCAGACCAGGCUGAAGCUCGCCAGGCCAGCCUGCAGGAUGCCACCUCUGUCUACGACCUGCUUACCAUUGGCAUGGCCAGGAGGGGGCAGUAUGCCAUGCUUUCUGAGUGCCUGGAGAGAGCCAUGAAGUUUUCAUUCAACGAGUUCCACCUGUGGCACCAGCUGGGCCUGUCACUCAUGGCGGCUGGGAAGGGAGUUGGUGCUGUGUCUGUGUUUAAAGAGUGUGCCAGGAUGCGACCAGAGGACCCCUCAUUGCCUCUAUUGGCUGCUAAAGUCUGCAUUGGCCAGCUGCACUGGUUGGAAGAGGCUGCAGCUCUGUCUCAGAGUGUGGUGUCUAUGGGGGAAGAAGCUGGAGAAUUCCUGCCCAGGGCCUACCUGGCUCUGGGUCUCUGCUGCAGUCUGCAGGCUUCUGCAGCCACUCUGACAUCCGAUCGUAAUGAAUUCAACAAAAAAGCACUACAGGCUUUUAGCAAGGCUCAUUCGUUGGACCCCCAGGACGCACAGAUUGCUAUGUACCUGGCUCUGCAGCUGGCACUUGUACGCCAGGUGUCAGCAGCCUUUGAGCCUCUGCAGGCGGCUUUAUCUCUUCGCGGGGACGACUUAGACUCCCUCCACCUGCUGACCCUGCUGCUGAGUGCACAGAAACACCACCAUCACGCUCUGGACACCUUGGGCCUGGCACUCAGCCAGCACCCUGGCAACUUCAAUCUGCUGUUCACCAAGGUAAAGCUUGAAGAGACCCUCUUUGGCUCGGCUGCAGCCCUGCAGACCUGCGAAGAAAUGCUGCAACACUGGCAAAGCCGCUAUGACGUCAGCCGCUCCAGUGAGACAGAUGACAGCAGCAGUAUACCGAUGGCUGAGAGGACAGAGGUCAGCCCUGGAGCCAGGAAACCUUCCAUCCACCUCACCCUGCCUGACUUCCAGGACGCCUCCACUGGUUCGCCGAGCCCUUCGUCAGUUGCAGCAUCUCGUCUGGAAGCGGCACUCUCUGAAGUGUCGGACAUCAGCUCCACCCGUCGCCAAGGACCCACCUAUAUCUGGACCACCCUGGAGCGCAUUUGGCUGCAGGCUGGGGAGUUGUUCAUGGCGGACGGUCGGCUAAAGGAGGCCCAGUUCUGCAUCUCCGAGGCCAGCUCACUUUUCCCCAAUUCGCACUCGGUGCUGCUGCAGCGGGGCCACUUGGCUGAGCUCCGGGGUCAACUGGACGAAGCCAAAGGCCUGUAUGACGAGGCCCUGGCCAUCAAUCCCACAGGAGAACGCAUACUUGUGCACAUGGGCCGUCUGCUGGUGAAAACUGGGCGAGUCCACCUUGGGGAGAAGGUCCUGCGUGAUGCGGUUCAAGUCCACAGCACCUCACAUGAGGCGUGGAGUGGCCUGGGUGAGGCUCUGCAGUCUCGGGGCUCCACCCAGGCCCCAGAUUGCUUCCUGACAGCCCUGGAUCUGGAGGCUUCCUGCCCCGUCCGUCCCUUCACCAUCAUCCCGAGAGAGCUUUGAGGGACCAGGGCUCAGAUGGAGGUUUGGGUUCAGUGUAAGGAAGCAACCUCUUGCCGGAUAAUUAUACACUGCUGUAGAUACGUUGAAAAGCCGUGAUGUGUGAAAAAAUGUUGCUCAAUCCUGUUUGGUGUGACUUUUAUCUGUUCAUGAAAUCUUUAACUACAGCACAAGACGGUUAUCUUAGCUUUAGAAAUAGUCUACCUAAAACUUUUUUUACACUUAUGUACGGUUUAUGGUUUAUGUACCAGUUAAAUGAGCAAAAUAUAAUGCAACUGGUGAACUGAAGGGAUUACAGUAGGCUGAUUUUUUGUAAUCUUUGGACAGAACUGAACUAGCUGUGUCUCCCUGUUUCCAAUCUUUAUGCUAAGCUAAGCUAACCAGCUCCUGGACGUAGCUUCAUUUUUGACAAACUUUGUUGUAUCACUUUUCUCAACUAACUUUCAGCAAGAAAGCAAAAAAGUUAGUAUUUCUUUAACAAAUAUAUUGUCAAGGAAUGCAAAAAUUACUUACUUUUUUUUUACUUACUUCCCUCGCCACACCAGAAUAGGCUAUUAUAUAUGAACAUUGAUAUCAUAUAUUAUUAAUAAGUUAGUUAUCAGAUGAAAAAUCAGUUCUUUGAAUAUUGAAUUGAAUAUUACAACUGAGAUUAAUAGUGGACGUCAGUGCUGUUCAGGCAGAAAAAGCCCAAAACAGAACAGUGUAUAGAGAAAAUAAUGUUAUAAUGUAAGUACUGUAACAAUGUCUUCCUAUGGAGCUAUAUGUACAGAAGUAAUAGCUCUUCUAUAAUUUGUGACAAAUAGUGAGCACUAUGUGUCAUAAUCAGAAUCUUUGGAUAUUGCUUUAAUGGUUCAUGAAUGGCAGAGAUGUGCUGGUUACAUCCUGAAACAGAAUGUAUGUUGUUGUGCUCCAUGUGGAAAUGCAGAUACAUCCAUCAUGUAUAGCAGCAGCUCCACUUCAUCUUUGAUGCAUUUUUGAUAAUUAUGUUGAUUGACACAGCAUACACAAGCACCACCACCCUCUUAUCUUCAAAUGCUCAUAUAUCUCCUAUCAAUGGUGUUCACAUCAUUCCAUACAUCGUUAUUAUGUAUGUGUGUGCCUUUGUGCACAUUAUUUAUCCUCAUGCAUGUGUGUUUGUUUUAAACCAUCCCUCUGGGGUGUUAUCAGUCCCUGUUCUGUUUGUAUGGCACAGUAAGCGACUCAUCCGCUCAUAAUGUGUGUGUUGUGUUGUUUUUUCUUCUUUUUUGACUCAUCUGUAUGUAAUGCUCUCCAUUAUAAACAACAAUGGCUUUUAAAAAUCACUGCUGGAUGCCACGUCUUCACCUGCCUUGUCACUUGUGACUAAUGGACAUCACUUCCGAGUGCCUAACCACAUUAAUGUGAGCAGUGGGACUGGGCUGCCGGCUUAUGUAAUACUGCCAGCACAGUUUUCUGCCUCCAAACUCCCUCCUCCUCCUCCUCCUAUCUCUCCCUCUCUCUCUCCUUCUCUAGCUCUAUCUGUCUCUCGCUCUCUCCCGGCUUGCCUGAUGUGAUGUGAUGUGGCUUGGUUGCCUAGCAGCCAUCCCCUUGUUUGAGUAACUGGGGAAGUGGAGAGAUAUCUGGUCUGCUGAACAACGCACAUACACAGACAAAACACACACACACACACAGCGAGAGGCAGAUAAUGCCCCCGUUGUGUGGUUUUACAGGCUUGACAGUGUCUGUUUGAUGUCUGUUGUUACCAUGUGAGGUAUGAGCCUGCUAUGAUCAAUGUCUCAGGCUGGUGUAAAUUGAUUUGUGUUAUGGGAAGAGUCCCUGCCUUUGCUCUCAGCAAAACCCCCAUUUCGUAACCCUUUCCCUCCCCGCAGGGCUGCAAGCACUAAUCCGUGCCUUCUCUGUUUUUUUUUUUGUUUGUUUUUUUUUCCACACUCGCCCACGUUCCCUUUGCUACCGGCAUGAAAAUCCCUCAUUCAUCAAUACUUUGAUUUUGGCGCAGGAAUUAUCGAUCAAUGUCGCCUCUUUUCUGCCAUCCCAGAAAUCUAUUUUUACUUUUUCUCUCCUCACUCACCAGCUCUCCCUUGCUCCAUCCUCUCCUCAUUAGCACUGUGUGUGACACCUACACAGGAGCUUCGGGAGAUGAAUGGUCUAAUCCCUGUGGGUAAGGAGUGAAAUAUUACAUGGUGUGCUCACACAUGCACAAAUACACACUGACAAUGAGGUGCACAUGAACACAUUGUGUGGUAGACAUUCUUAAAUACAUACUCACGCGCACACACCCAUACACACACACACACACACACAUGCUAUGGUCUCGACAGCUCUGGUAAAAGGAGACAGAUUAAUGGAGGAAGCGGCCUGCUGCAAAGCCUCUCAGAAUGACAAUGGGCAGAUGACGCUAUUCACUGGACUGAGUGUCAACACACACACACACACACAUGCAUAUGUACAGUAUAUACACCUGGGAUCAAUGAGCAGUAUGCGUAAGGUCUUAUUGUGUAUGUGCACCUGCGUCAUCAUGAUGUCAGAGCACCCGGGCGUGUCGCUCCGGUUACGCUCUCACUUCUACACCUGAACAUCAAGAUGGUCUGUGUGGGUGAUUUUAGAGCAGGGUGGUGGGGAGCAAUGGGUAUCAAGUGUUCAGGCACACUUAUGUAGCUGCACAGUCUCACACCACCUCCAUACACAGCAUCAUUAAAUAAGUCACAGCCAUAUUAGAUUGUAUGGCGAUCAAAAAGAAAUAACUGACAAUCAAAUGCGGUGACCAUGUUGAAUGAGAGCCAGAUAUUUGGAUCACUGUGGUGUGUGUGUGUUGAUGCCAACCCUGGAGGGGCAUAUGGAGGGCACGGCCUGGGUGGUGCCAGCGCAGGGCGCCAAGAAGGAAACUAUAAACCAGCAUUGUGGUGUCCAAACAAGGCCCAGGAGUCAUGGACGGGUGAGGGGUGUGAUGGGGGUUAUAAGGAUCAGAUGUGGUUCCAUAAUCUCAUUUAUAAAUAAAAAUGACUGAUGCAGUAGAUGUAUACAUAGUUCAUCCCGAAGGGGCAAGUAUGUUACAGCGGAGUUCGAUGCACAUAUUAACAAAAGAGUAUAUUCAAAAGUCAGUUAUUUAAUGCAGUAUAUUUUCAAAUAUAUUUUGGCAAACAGGCCUCUGAUGGUUUUAAAGCUUAUUUUAUAUUUUUACAUUCUGACAUGAGCACCUUCAAAUGAUUUUACAGUAAAAAUCUUCCAUAAAUGCUUUGAAGUAAUUUCAUAGACAUCAUUUAUAGCUGGUGUUUACAGUCGAUGUUUAGGGCUAUGACCAUGCAUCUGCCGUAAUCGAUAAAGGCUGUAAUUCAAAUGCAUCAUCAUAAAAUCCAUGGGUCUAAAUAGUACAGGUAGGAAUGGUUGAAAGACUAGCUCCACAUUUUGGAAAAUCACUUUUUUUUUUUCUUGCAAAGAGUUAGAUGAGAAGACUGACAGCCUCAUAUCUGCUUGAUAUGAAGCUACAGCCCACACUGGUCUUGGCAAAAAGCUUGGAAACAUGGAGACACUGGGCCCAGAAAUCCAUAAAACAUUUAACACUUAAGUUUUUGUGCAAAAAAAGAAAAAAACUAUUUAUACUACUACUAUUCUACUGUUAUACCGUGUAUUACUCUCUGUAACUUUAUAGUUGCCGUAAAAUGUUAAAGAAAACACACCUCCCAGAACCUUAAAUAUUUACUAAUUAACAUGUUACAUCCUGUUCAUUUCCAUCCAUCCAUCCAUUUUCUAUA